AUAGUCGUAGUCGUACUCGAUAUGUCGCCGGAUAUUUAAAAGCGGAAAGAUCUGUUUUUUUCUUGAUACAAUUGUGAUACGCUCCAGCCAGAGGAGUUUCAAGCCAUGGCUGAAUAUCUGGCGUCAAUUUUCGGGACUGAGAAGGACAAAGUCAAUUGCUCGUUUUAUUUCAAGAUAGGUGCAUGUCGACAUGGAGAUCGAUGUUCACGAAUUCACAACAAGCCAACAUUUAGCCAAACAUGUCUACUGCAGAAUCUUUAUGUGAACCCUCAGAAUUCUGCAAAAAGCGCAGAUGGAUCACACUUGGUUGCAAACGUAUCCGAUGAAGAGAUGCAAGAGCAUUAUGACAAUUUUUUCGAGGACGUUUUCAUCGAAUGUGAGGACAAGUACGGCGAGAUUGAAGAGAUGAACGUGUGCGAUAAUCUUGGCGAUCACUUGGUCGGAAACGUUUACAUUAAAUUUCGCAGAGAGGAAGAUGCUGAGAAGGCAGUCAAUGACUUGAAUAAUCGUUGGUUUGGUGGCAGACCAGUUUACGCCGAGCUUUCACCCGUUACCGAUUUUCGUGAGGCCUGCUGUCGUCAAUAUGAAAUGGGCGAGUGCACGCGCUCCGGAUUUUGCAACUUCAUGCACUUGAAGCCGAUCUCCCGGGAUCUCCGUCGAUAUUUGUACAGCCGGAAGAAGAGCAAGGGUCGAUCAAGAUCGCGAUCGAGGUCGCGAGGUCGCGAACGUAGGAGGAGGUCCCGAUCCCGAGAUAGAAGAUCCAGAUCCAAAGAUCGACGUAAGGGAAGAGACGAGAAGGGCAGAGAUGGUCGAUCCGGUCGCUAUUAAUAAAAUUUUAUCCUUACAUUUAUAAUUAAGUUUAGUUUCUUGUUAAUGUAUCCAGUUCCGUUUGAUUCUUGAUAUUGAAUAAAUUUCACAAAAUUAUUUCUUUAUUAAACAUAAUAGGUUAGAAGUUUGCGUAAAAGAUUUUAUGCCUGAUUCCUAAUCUUUUUUCUUCAAUGUUUUAUCAUUAUUGUUCAGUGUCGAAUUACUGUGGUAUUGUGACUCGAGUUGUGUAAUAAUGAUAAAGACGGCAGCACCGAUUCAAUGAGGUAAAACAAAAACAAAAAUA